AUGGAGACGACCGACGAAUCCCGCUUGCCGCCGCGCCGCCGCCUGGCCUACCAUGCCCUCCUGUUCGACCGCGGCUGGCUGGACGACCAUAUCAUCAACUAUUCAUACCCUGGUUCAGGGACCGCCGAAGAUCCAUUCGCCAUUGGAUGGACGCUCAGUGACCCGAAAGACCCCAUGCAAUUCAGCCCGACUAUGCGGUGGAUCUGGACAGGCCUGGUGUCCAUGGCCAACUUUGCCGUCGCCCUCGCCACAAGUGCUUACACGGCUUCUCCCGCUCAGGUCAUGGAGACAUUCGCUAUCAGCGACGAGGUAUUCGAGCUGGGACUGUCCGCCUUCAUCCUGGGUACUCCGCUUUCGUGCUGUUCACUGGUGGGGUGCGCCUUGACUCUUACAAUCGAAGGUCUUGUGAUUAUGCGGUUUCUGGCAGGCGCAUUCGGCUCCUCACCACUAGCCAUUGCAGGAGGGAUUCUCGCAGACAUCUGGCCCGAUGAAGAGCGAGACCUGGCCAUGAUCUUCUUUUCAUCGGCUCCUCUGUUCGGGCCCGCCCUUGGCCCGGUGGUUGGUGGAUUCCUAGGACAGGCAGCGGGAUGGAGAUGGAUACAGGGCUUCCUUGCGAUCCUGGGAACCGUAUGCUGCCUCUCGAUGGCUGUGGUCAUGCCCGAGACGUUUGCCCCCGUACUGCUUAAGCGGCGUGCGGAGAAGCUCUCGCAAGCUACUGGCCGCGUGUAUGUCUCGAAGCUCAAGAUGGACCACAAGGGAAAGUCGUUGCUGGCAACGAUGAAGACUGCUGUGGUCCGCCCUUGGGUUCUACUUUGCUAUGAGCCCAUAGUCCUGGUGUUGACCGUUUACAUGGCCAUUCUGUACGGCACCCUAUAUCUGUUCUUCGCUGCCUUCCCCAUAGUCUACCAAGAGUACCGCGGCUUGGGCCAAGGAAUCGGAGGUCUCGCAUUUCUCGGUCUCGCUACCGGAAUUGGCAUUGGAAUCCUCACCGCCAUCUGCGUAACUAUCUAUUCCAACAAGGCCCACCACGAGAAGUCUUUCGACCCGGAAAUCCGACUUCCCAUGUCCCUAGUCGGCUGUGUGGCCAUCCCAAUCGGGCUUUUCUGGUUCGCCUGGACCGACAGCCCCUCUAUCCACUGGCUCGUGUCCAUCGCCGCCCAAGCACCCUUCGGCUUCGGCUUCGUUCUCGUAUACAUCUCCAUCCAGAACUACCUGGUCGAUGCAUACACCAUCUAUGCGGCUAGCGUGCUCGCAGCGAACGGCAUGCUCCGGUCCGUCUUUGGCGCAGCGUUCCCUCUUUUCACCGCGAUCAUGUACCGUCGUCUCGGUAUCCAUUGGGCAAGUUGUGUUCCGGGCUUCUUGGCUCUAGCCUGCGUCCCGUUCCCAUUUAUCUUCUACCGGUAUGGUGAACGGAUACGGAGGAAAUGCCGCUUCGCAGCUGAGGCGGCUGGCCAAGCGCAGCAGCUAAAGGAUCGAGACCCGGUGGAAAAAAUAGACGGUCCGGGGUCGUAG